AUGCCCUGGUAUGCGCCGUGGUCGGAUGUGAUUAAGAAGAAGAUCUGCCGGUUCUUGCUGCAGCGCUAUUUGGGUCGGUUUCUGGAGGAGAAGCUGUCACUCGAUCAGCUGAAUGUUGACUUUUACAAUGGCACCGGCACCGUGCACAACGUCACAUUAUACUGUCAGGCCCUAAAUGAACUGUGCGAAGGUCAAGGAUGGGGUAUCGAGGUGACGGGCGGUCACAUCGGUUCGGUUACGGUGAACGUCCCGUACGAUUCGCUCCUCGCCAAGGACAGCUCGAUCGAGGUGUCCAAUCUGACGAUAAGCCUGCGCCCAAAGGCUCGCCCAACCGAUGGCACCUCGAUGCUGGAAUCGAUGUGGUCCUCGAUGUCCAGCUCGAUGCAGCUGGCCCAGGAGUAUCUGGAGCGGGAAAGCACCGCUGGCGGCAGCACCACGGGGGAUAGUGGCCAGGGUGGUCGGUCUGGUGGUGGAACGGGAUCCGCUCAACAGCUACCCCCGAGUGCCAUGGAUGGGCUGGAGAAUUUCGCACAAAUCAUUGACAAUGUGUUAAAUAGGAUUAAGGCCAAACUUUUCGAUACUGAAGUACGGAUAGAGUACCUGGCACCUGAGGGUGACCGAGGCGUAGCUGUGAUAGUGAAAAUCAAAAGUAUCGAUUACCAGAAUGAGGCUGGCAAUGAUCCGCCAGAUCGCAGCCCCAAAACGGCGUCGUCCUCCUCAUCCGGAUCGGAUGUGUCCGACUACACGGUAACCGGUGGUGGUGGUCGCCAUCAGCAACAAAAAUCGUUCCUCAUCGCAACCCACGCCACACACCACAUCACGAUCGAGGGCAUCACCUUUUACACGGAGGAGUUCCGGAUAGACAACCCGCGAUUGCGCCGGCAACAGCAACACCGUGCAAUGGCCGCGGACACCGUGGUGCCCGAGUUUGCGGAAAGCAUGAUCGCCAGCGAACAGUUCCGCAGUGCGAUCUCAAACCUCUCCGAAAGUGGCGGAUCACCCUCGACGUUGCUGGCCGGUGAUGGAGAGGGAUACUUUAGCUAUAGCAACACAAGCGCAUGUGAUAGUAGCAGCCCUCCGAAUAGCCGAGGGUUUUACCGGCGCAGUAACAGCAGUGGGACGGACCGUGAGACGGAUCCGAGCGAGGAGGAAGAACCCGACAGUGACGAUGAGCCGGGUGAUGGUGGGAUGCGGAUGUACCGGUCCGGUGAGAUUAUCGUCGGUAAGAUCACCUCACGGCAGGAGAUCCGGUUGAAGAUGAAGCAGGCGGACAACCUGCCCGGUCCGAACGUCGAGCUAGAGCUGUCCGUGGGCUCGAUCCAGCUGUUUUUGACACCGCGCCAGCUCCACUCGCUGGUGUUGGUUUGUGAUAGCUUCCUGAGUGGCAACGAGGAGCCACGGGUGCAGCAACGGGAGAUGAGGGGGUCCGUAGGCAAACGGCAGCAGGAUCCGGGAGCUCAGUCGGUGUCGGAACUCGAGUUUCAGCAGAACAUGACACGGAUGGGUGGUGGCAUCGGUAUUAACCAAGGUUGGUCGCUGGCCGAUCCGAUGCAGACGAUGAUCGAGGAGCAGGCGGAGUUCCUGCAGCGAGAUGCGUACCAUGGGGGGGAUGAUGGUGGUGAGGAAUACACGGAGUCUAUCAUGUCCUCUACGAGCUCCAUGACCAGCUCGUUCACUUCGAACAGUACUGCUUCGAGGACGACGCUGACAUCGGCAGCGAGCCGCAGGAGAAUGAUCGAUCCUGACGCGAAUGCCGAUAUUUCAAAGUUUAACGUCCGUGUGGCGGCCAUCGCGAUGGUGCUACUUCACGAGGACAUCCUGCUCGAGAGCAGCAGUCAGAUGAGCGACAUGGAAUCGCCCCUCUCGAAAACCAGUGUGCAACAGCUGCAAACGAAAGCGGAUCGGUUCUUCCGGUCCAUUGGAAACCUUGGUUUUGGACUUGGUGCUAAUGAGGUCAUCAACGCCGGUUUGGUUCUGGACAAUAGCUGCGAUUCUAACCAUCUACGGCUGCUCCUGGCGCCCAUCAUCCUCGAGGGCGAUGAGCAACGGAACCGGUGUGGGUCACUCCUCCGUUUUUCCGUAUCGAUCGCACGAGCUGAUCUGCGUGAGGUGCUCUUGGAGGUGUCGGUACCGCUGGUGGAAUUCUAUCGGGAACAACGUACCGCCACUUCCGGUCCUUCGUCACUUCCCAAACGACCGGAGAUCAGCGUAAGCUUUGAGCAAAGUUGCAACGCACUGCGUGGGACUAGUGGCAAGCGAUUCUCACCUCCACGGACGAAAAUCCACGUCAUGAUGGCACCGUUUUUGACCGAGUUCGACAUCACCAUUCUGGAUCGGUUGAGUUCGCUGCUCUACCAGUCACCGUUCGCUUCCUAUUACCGCAGUUCCGGUGGGUCCUCGCAUUCUUCCACGAACGUGCCGUCUCCUGCGACCGGUCCGAUGCCCAGCACAGCGACACCAGGUCGCAGCAGGUUGGAAGCAAAAACGGACCUUCAGCUGGAAUCGUUCGCGGUGGACUUUCGGUUGCGUUUUCCAAUACCGGACUUGCGGCCUAUACACGACCCUCAACGCGUUCCAUGGUGGCGGCGCAACAUUAGGCCGGACUUCCUGCUGCUGAAGCUGGAACUAGUGCGGACGGUGAUCACGCUCAACCCGCAUCCCAUUUACGACAUCUCAGCCAACGAAAUCAAGCUGUUCUAUCAUGAAGCGGAACCCAAAACGACCGGGACCGGCAGUGCCGGUGGUGUAAAUAUUGGCAAAACUGUGAUGCAAGAGAACGCGGCCCCGGGGCAGGUCCCUGCGGUCGAGUACCCACGAAUCGUGAUCGAAAUUCCCAGCGAGGCGUCGUUGGCAAAGGCACUGGAAGAACCGGCGGAUCAGCGGAUGGACGCGGGCAAGCAGCGCACGGGAGUGUCCGGGCGGAAAUCGGGUGCGGGAAGUGGCGGUCAACGGUGCUACGAGGAGAGCGAUAGUGAUCCGACGUCGGGUGAAAGCUUCGGUGUGGCCACAGGUCGCUGUAAAGAGGACACGCCGUUUAGCGCGAAGCGUGUGUGCCGGGAAAGUGACACGCCACACUCGAAGACGUCGGCGACGGGUAUUCCGGACACCGGCGAAACCCUCACACUGCCCGGGGACACGGACGAAAUGAAUGCGUUCUGUUCGUGCGCCAUGAAGCGAGCGAAGCUGCAGAUACGGUUGGAUCUUCCGGUUGUUAGCUUGCAGCUGAAGUCAAAACAUCUGUACGAAAUCAUCUACAAUCGCAUCAGCACAGAUCUGUUGCUGUGGGAACCAAGCGCCCCAUCGGCAACGGCUGCGGCCGAAUCACAGAUGAAUGCGCAACAAACGGCGAAGGUAUCGUUCCGCGAACCGGAAAUCAGCCUCGCCGGUAUGGGCAUGAUGGAUUCGAUCUACAUGCCGUACACGAUGUGCCAAAGUGGAAUACAGCUAGAUUCCAGCUCGUCCGCAACGAACUCGGAGUCAGAAUCGGACUCCGACGGUAUCUUCUACUCGGUGUACGACCGCACACGGACAGGCACCACAGGUGCAGGUGGCGGCGUUAGUGGUGGUGGCCGAAAAGGAUCUUCCCACAACCAUCGCAGCUCGAGCCACGGCGGAAAGCUUGGACUGACCGCGGCUGGUACGGAUCGUGACGCCAACAGCAUUGCCUUCCGAGUAAACAUCGGUCACGGGGUUUUAACGAUGUUCGCUCCUGUCCGCGACGCCCAAAAGCACGUCAUUCCGGGUCAGCUCGGGGAGUUCGUGAUACGGUUGAGCUCGGGCUACAUAUUCUCCGUCAAUGGCUUCCAUGGGAAUACAAAUCUGGGCUAUCUGUGCAUCCAAGCGAAGUCGGCCGAAUUCUACCACUGCGGGUUGAUUCCGACGCCGUCCAGCAACCCCCCAUUGCGGCUGAUCAACAGUGUGCUUCCGUCGUACCUGCAGAGUACGCUGUAUCCGACGCCAAAAAAUUUGACCCUCCACGAGCAACGCGGUUGCGCAAACCGGGAAAUGCUUUCACUCGCAAUUCAGAUCAAAUCCGUACCGGAUUUAGCGGUCAAGCGGAUCCGGCUAGCGGCCGGGAUACAACUGACCACGCUGCGGCAUCAUUCCACGCUGCAACAGCAUGCUUGGUUAACGCAACUCCUGGACAUGGUGGAUGUGGUUGACUACCCCGUGCAAGGCUACACCCCACUCGGGGUGGUCACAGAGAUGCAUCUGCACUUGUGGGAUUGCGCCAUCGACUACCGGCCGUUGUACUUCCCGUACCGGGCCGUCAUCACGGUCGGAUCGUUCAUGAUCAGCAGCAACAUCACGACGAGCAGCAGCCUUACGCUGAACUUCAUCGCAGAAGACGUCACGCUUAGUCUCGCGCCUCAACAGCUCGCUGGGACGUCCUCGAGUGGCAAGGACACGUCCUCGAGUGGCGGUCUCGGUGUGUCGAACAGCAGCAAAAUCACGGUGCUUCCCUCGAACGAGCUGGUGUGCGUAGUCGAGGUGGGACUGUUCGAGAUUUCUCUCAUGCUGAACGAACGCGUUACGGUGAAGUUCCCAAAGUUCGAUCUCCGCACGGCCAUCAACGACGUGCACGUGCGCACGUGUGCUGAUUCGGCCCGUGCGUUAGCUCAGCUGAUCGGUUAUUUAGCCGCCGAAGGAGAUCUACUGUUGCCGGAAGGUGAUGACAGCAAUGAUGUCCCAGGGACGGCUGGUGGAUCAUCGAAUGCCGGAGAAUUGGACCGUGCGGUUGGUGCGGGAGUCGUGCUGGAACAUCAGGACAUUGCUGGUGCCGGUAUGCAAGGACUUCCCUUGGGCCGAGAGUCGGAAGGUGAACUUUUACCGGUGCGACCCCCUGCUAGUGCUCCAGGACCGAUCGUAACGCCGAAACAACAGCAACGCGUCAACACUCUAAUGGCGGACGCGAUGGAGGAAAGCCUUUACAUCGAGAGUACGGCAGGUGGGGACGUAGCAACCGAUGAUGCACUGCUCGGUACCGGUGUGGAAAUGUUUUUCUUCCCCGACGAGCAGCAGCGACGUUCGAAAGACGGCCAGCAACCCAGUGAAGCAACGCCGGUGUCGGAUAGCAACAGUAACAAGCGCCGGUUUGGUUCGGACGAUGAUUCGCUGAGCAUCGAUGAGGGUUCUAGCAUACCGUCGUCAUACCACGAUGAUGAUCAUUAUCUCCGGCAACAUCACUCGCAGCCACACGGUUCGGUGGACGCGGAUGAUGAUAAUACCAGUGUGAAUAUGCGCGAUCUGAUGAACUUCGAGCGAUCCGUGCUCGGUCAGCCGCCGCUUAGUUACGGCAUCGGAGACGACGACGAGGACGACACGGGUAUCGAAGCAUUGCCCCAGGUGGCCAAGGAGCUAGGUGACGUCAGCAAGAUCAACCGUCAGUACGGUGAAUCGGACGCUGGUAGCACCGGGUCGCCACACGUGGUUCAGCGCAAAAUUAGCUCCGACACGGACGACGAUUUCUGCAUUAUCGCCGACGAAGAGCGGCCCCAUCGGGACGAUUCGCGCAAUCAGGAGGUGCCGGUGUCGGAGGACCCCAUACGCAUCGUUGAUAACCACUUCAGCGUGCCAAACGGGAAGCCGGAUCUGCUGAAGGCGCCCGAGGACUUCCCGAGCGCGGUUGAGCGGUACACGAUCUGCGAGAUGACCGUAACGUGGCACAUCUAUGGUGGACGAGAUUUCCUCACGAAAGAGGACCGCAAGCGCAAGGUGAAACAAACGGCACCGGUCGGUGGCGCAAGUCGACCGAACGACAAACAGACAACUGUGGCCACGGCUGGGACGGUUUACCUUCCAACGGCGUUGCCGAUGUCGGAGGCGUACAAAUCGGGCGUGAGCUAUUCUAAGGGUUCACCCUCGGUCACCUUCGGUGGUGCGGCCCAGGCGGCUCUGGCGAAACUGACGUGGAAAACGCGCGGUGGCCCAGACCGACAGCAUGACGUGACGAUGGAGAUACACAUCAGCAAGGUGCAGUUUUCACACGAAAGCUACCCGGCCAGCACGAAGGAAGCGUCCCGGCAGGUGCUGCUUAUCAACGAGGUAGAAAUCGUGGACGGGUUGGCCGUGUCGAACAUCAAGAAAUUCCUGUACCACCCGAAGCUUCCGAGCCGGCCCACAAGCAAGCAAAGCACCAACCACAUGGUCGUGAUAAAGGCGCUACACAUACGCCCGAAUCCGGCCCUAUCGGCGCAGGAAUGCUGUCUGCGCGUGUCCUUGCUGCCGAUCCGACUCAACAUCGAUCAGGACUCGUUGUUGUUUUUGAUCCAUUUCUUCAACCAGCUCGGAGGUGGCGGUGAGAUUGGUGAUGGAGGUGCUCCACCCGGACAAGCCGGACGGCACCCGGAACGGUCGACAGCCGCAUCCGCCCCUCACCAGCCACCCGUCAUGACGGUCGAGUCACUUCCAGACGCGGUCCAGGAACUGCAGGCGAAGAAGAUGGUGUCGGAGAAUCUAAUGCUACUCAUCGAGGAGGAAGAAAAGCACAAGGACGCGCAGGAAAGUGCGGCUUACAGCGAAUCAGGCGAUGCGACUCCAAUUUACUUCCGCAACGUGAUCUUCAGCCCGGACGUGCCGAUUCGCAUCGAUUACCACGGCAAGCGGAUGGAACUGUCGCACGGCUCGCUGGCGGGUCUGUUGAUGGGCUUGGGUCAGCUGCAAUGUUCGGAGAUUCGGCUUAAAAAGAUUUCCUACCGCCACGGGCUGCUCGGAGUGGACCGGUUGCUAAACUUCCUGCUCCAGGAGUGGCUGCAGGACAUCAAGAAACACCAGCUGCCGAAGAUCAUCGGUGGUCUCGGGCCGAUGUAUUCCCUGGUGCAGCUUUUACAAGGUAUUUGGGAUCUGUUCUGGCUGCCCAUUGAGCAGUACCAAAAGGAUGGCCGAAUCGUGCGAGGAUUGCAACGCGGAGCACAAAGUUUCACAGCCCGCACCGCCCUGGCGGCGCUGGAGAUUACAACGCGCAUUAUUCAUCUGCUACAGAUAACGGCCGAAACGGCGUACGAUAUGAUUUCACCCGGACCAUCGAUCCGUCGCGGUCGCGGCAACCGCAAAGGCAAGCGUAAGCGUCUUCACCCACCGCAGGACAUCCGUGAAGGAAUGUCCAACGCCAUACAAAUCGUAAGAGAGGGAAUCACGGAGACGGCACACAACUUGGUAGAGAUCACUGCCCUCGAACAUGACCAAAAGGGUUACACGGGUGCUGUUGGCGCGGUGAUGCGCCAGAUACCGCCGAUCGUGGUGCAACCGAUCGUGUUGGCCACGCAAGCCACCAGCAACGUGCUCGGUGGCGUCAAGAACCAGCUCGUCCCGGACGCUCGUGCCGAGGCUCGCGAGAAGUAUAAGGACGAUGUGGAGUAGGACGGCGGAGGUGGCACGAGAUCUGGCACCACGGUGAUCCUUUUUAUUCUGGUUUAUUUUUAAUGCUAGCAAGAAGAAUGUGUUCCAUCGAGUGAGCGCGAUCGCGACGAUCGCUUUUAUGUUUAUUUCGGUUCUUAGCUUAGCCUAGUGUUUUGUGGUAGUCCACACUGGCAUGCUCCUGUGAGCGGGCCAGCCGAGCGAGAAAGAGAGCAACACUUUCGGUCACCAUUUAUCGAGAGCAGCUGUAUAAAUAAGAACGCGUCCUAAGAUCGAUCAUUAUUAUUUCUCCCUAUUCGUACUCGAAGAAACAAAACUUAAACUAACCCUUAUGUAAACUAAGCGGACGAACAGAGAAGAAACUAAGCGAAACUAAAGC